AUGGAGGCCCAGCGCCAGAGCUUCCGCUGGUUCCGCUACCAGGAGGCCGAGGGCCCCCGCGAGGUCUGCAGCCGCCUCUGGUACCUCUGCCACCAGUGGCUGAAGCCAGAGAGGCACAUCAGGGAGCAGAUCGUGGAGUUCGUGAUCUUGGAGCAGUUCUUGGCCGGCUUGCCGCCGGAGAUGCAGAGCUGGGUCCAGGAAGGAGAGAAUCAACACAGGAGAGGAGCCCUACAAGUGCUCAGACUGCGGGAAGAGGUUCCGCUGGAACACGAGCCUCAUUGCACACCAGAGGAUCUACACGGGCGGGGGGAGCCCCACGAGUGCCUCACGUGCGGGAAGAGCUUCAGCCACAGCCAAAACUUUGCACGGCACCAGGGGCUCCACCACAGGAAGAAGCCGCACGACUGUGUCAAUUGCGGAAAAAGUUUCAGGUGGAGCUCAAAUCUGGAUAUUCGUCAGACGAUCCAUGCAGGGGAAGAACCUUUUGAGUGUGCAGACUGCGGGAAAACCUUCAGCUACAAGUUACGUCUCAGCAGGCACCAGAGGGUCCAUGCAGGGAACGAAAGAUUCAAGUGUCCGCUCUGCUGGGCAAGCUUUGCUUUUGAAUCCAGCCUCACUAGACACCAGGGUAUUCACUGUGGGAAAAGUUUCAGCGAUGAGCAGAACCUUCUUGCACAUCAGAUAAUUCAGACCGGCUCGAGCUGCAUAAACAGCCAGACUCUGUUCUAA